UUUAUAUCAACGAAAUAUUGAACUGAAAUUAAUAAAUUGUUAACAAUUAAACAUUUUUGUUAAGAUAACUUUAUAAGCGAUGCCAUUGGUUGAGCUGCGAGGCCUGUCGGCACUCGAGGCCUGGACCAGGAAAGCCACCAACGGCUACAAAGAUGUCAAAGUGCACGACCUGAGCACCUCCUGGCGCGAUGGUCUGGCCUUCUGUGCACUCAUUCAUCACUUCAGACCUGAUCUCAUUGAUUUUGAUAGUCUAUCGAAAGAAAACAUCUUAUAUAACAAUCGUUUAGCUUUUCAAAUUGCGGAGAAGCAUUUGGGUGUACCGGCGCUUCUGGACGCCGAAGACAUGUUCAAACACGAGGAACCGGACCGGCUAUCAGUGGCCACAUAUUUGUCCCAAUUCUACGAGUGCUUCGAGGGCUCGAAGAGUGGCCGAAAACACUCGAUAACUACUAACUCUUCGAGUGCUUUGGUCUCAAAAAAGGAUAACUCUUUCUUGACUAACAUUAACUGUAAAACUACUGCUAUUACUACAGCAAAUACUACCACUAUUACUGGUCCUACCGGUGCCCAAACCGAUAAUAAUAGUAUUAAUAGUAAUGAUGGAGGAGUCGAUUCAUGUAAUAUUAGCGCCACAAUUACACCAAUAGCUAAUCGUCCCGUACCACCAAAACGUGAUAUAAAAUGUCACAAAUGUCGUACUCGUGUAUCAGUAUUGGAUCGACUGAUAGUCGAUGAUAAUUGUUAUCACAAGUCAUGUUAUGAGGACAAUACCAUCGAAGGUAACGCCGCCGGCAAUGAAAAAAAUUUGGAUGACACAGACAGUAACGACUCCCACACAAAAUCUAUAGCACCAACACAUAAAACUAACGACGCUUUAAAUACAUUGUUAACAGAUAAGACUGAUAACGAUAAUAAUAAUGAGAUUAUAUAUGUAAAUGAUAUUAAUUUAGAUGUAAAUACUGUUAGACGAGAUGAAAAUGAAUCGCCAGUUACUCUUAGAAAUACUGGCCGUAUAUCUGAGGUAUCGGUGGAUAGUAUAAGUAGUUUUAUGAAAACUAGUGAUUGUCAUAACAGUGAUAAUAACAAAAGUGAUGAAAAAGAUAGACCAAUAAGUGCUAAUUCCGGUGAUAUUUUAAUUAAAAGUUUAAAAGAAACGAUUAUGGAUUUAGAUAACGAUGUCAUUGAUAGCGCUAAGAUUGACGCCGUAUUUGAUGAAGUGUUUGGUGAAGAUAUUAAAUCUAAAGAAGACAUUGAAAAGAGUCGAUUAGUUGAACCAAAGAAUAGAUCUUUUGUAGACUAUAAAGAUAUAGAUAAAGUGACCACUGAUGAGGACAUAUAUCCCGACGAUAAGAAUCCUUUUGAUGAUGAAGAAUGUAAUGACAUCGAGGAUGUGAUAGUUGAUAAAAGUGGUAUUAAAGGCUCGCAAAAUAAUAACAAAGAGAAUGAAUAUCCUGACGACAAGAACCCGUUUGGUGAUGACGACGAUGAAGACAAUGAUAAAGUGACCAUCUCUAAAGGCAACGGCAAUAAAGUCGCUAUUAAACUAAGAAGUUCUUCGGAUGCAUUAAAUCCUUUUGCUGAAGACGAAGACAAUGAAGAUCUGGAAGAUGCCUCUAAUGUGACGCCGAAACCAAGACCUAGAAAAUCUCUAUUUAUUUCAUCUCCGACUAAUACGGCUACUUCAUCGCCUACUUCUAGCCUUAAGUCACGUAAAAAACGACCGGCGCCUACACCACCAGUGACUGCUUCCAAUCAAACUACCGAUACUAUACCCCAAGUUAGCAGUACAUGUAGUCUUAGUACAUACGGUGACGACAGUUUCAGUAGUCGUAGAGAUAGUCUCGCAUCCAUUAUUUCAUCGGAGUUGACUACAGCUUCCAUAACAUCUUCAGUACCAAACUCGCGUACACCGACACCACUUCCGAGAAAAAACGUACAGAGAUCUGGUGAUGAACUCUCUGAUGGUGAUAACCAAUCUGAUAAAAACAAAACUACUUCACCAUUAAAAAAUAAUGAAAGUACUGGUAGUUUGAGAGGUUUAAAGAAACGACCGGCGCCUCCAAUUCCUGCCAUUAAGCGUAUGAUUAAAGGAUCACUGACUGAGAUUGAAGACGAACUUAAUAGCAUUGGCGACAAACUACCAGUGAUUGAGAAGAAGACUCAAGAGUUGGAACAAAUAUUAAUCUCACGUAUGGGGACAACAGUGGGCGGUGAGACGCCUCCUAUCGCACCCAAAGACGAUCCUGUAUUAAAUGAGUUCUUAGCGACGGCUCGAGAGCGAUGUCGGUUAGCCAGACGUCAGAAAGAAUUGAUGUAUAUGAAAAGGGAACAUAAAUUAGAGGAAAUACAGGCAGACAUUGAAUAUCAAAUGCGUUGUGUUAUAUCAAAACAAUCCGCUCAAAAAACAGACGAAGAUCUUAAACGCGAAGAAGAGUUGCUUCAGAGGUUAAUGGAAAUCAUUGAAGAGCGCAAUGAUAUCGUCGAGAAUAUGAUUAAAGAUGAGAAUAAAGAGGUCGAAGAAUAUCAAAAACUGGUCUCAAAAGUGUUGCCAUCAAAACCAGAUUUAAUGCCAAAGCCUAAGCCAUCAGCUUAUGGUUCGCAUUCAACUACAGAUCAGUCGUUUUCGGGAAAACUGUCAAAAGAAGAACAUUACGUCAAAUUGAAGAAUAAACUAAAGCUUAAAGAUAUUAAAGAGAAGAAACGCCAGAAGAAGUUGGAAAAAUUGGAAAAAAGUGCACAAAAAUCAGAUAAAAGUGACGACAAAGUGGAAGAUAUGAAUAAAACUACCGAUAAAUCAUCGACAAAACAUAUGACACUUAAGUCAACACUUAAACCACUUAAAAAGUUUAGUUUGAARUCAUUGACCGGCGAUAAAGUGGACAAAAAGACAGACAAACAAACCAAUGGCCAGAAAUCCGAUAAUAUAACAGUUGAGACUCAAUAAAAUAAAAACUAAAGGUUCUGAUAAUUGCAACGAAAAACUUUUAAAAAAAGUGCCUAAAAAAGUAUUGAAAUUUUGUAUUUUUGAGUAUUGUUUGUAUAGUAAAUAAUUUAUGUCACGUUUUUG